AUGGGCAUAGUUGUCUUGAGAUGUUCAGUAUUCGAUAGAAAAAAUGAUCUCUUCCCCUAUAAAAUUGAAAGGGAAAAGGCAUUGGCAAAAAAGCAAGGCAAUUCAUACUUUAUGACUGACUACUCCUUUUAUUCUAAGGAACAUGGAGGAACUUUUCAUUUCAUUUAGUUUAGUAUUAUUGAUACAAUAGAGUUUCUAGAGUCCCCUGAAUUAGAUCAUCUUUUGGAUUUCUUUGAUUAAAACUAUCAAUUUCAAAAGUAGAAUGCAAAGAUUUUGCUUAAUCAUAUCUAUCAAAGGAAAAACAUUAUUGACUACAAGAUUUCCUAAAGCUUUUUUGAAUAAGCAGUAAAGAGAAAUUAUUAGGACAUGCCUAUCCUUAGCACAGGUGGUUACAAUGAUCACUUCUUAACAUUCGUGAGCCAUAUAUUUAACACAGAGGUAGUUAAAUGCAGGGACUUUCUGCCAUUUGUGAUUAUAGCUCUUGAUUAUUUAAACAAGUACACUAAUGAUUGCUUUUUCAAACUAAGUGGAUCUAGUUCAGGAAUAAUUAACUUCGCAGGAAAGCUAAAUAUAGAAACUAAGCCCAAGUAAUAGUACUUCUCAUUAAAGGAUGACCUGUAUCCCUAUCUAUUAGUUAAUAUGAGAUCUGGAGCCACAUUCACAAGAGUUGAUUCAAAAGAUAGUCAUACUAGGCUAUGUGGAACUUCUAUAGGGGGCUCAUUCUGUUGGGGGAUAUUGAGACUGCUAAAUUAUUUUGAUAAUCCGACAGAGGCUGUUAUUGCAGCAUCAAAGGGGGAUAGUUCUAAGGUUGACAUGUCCGUUGGAGAAAUCUAUGGAUAAGAUUAUUCCUCCAGAGGGUUGCCAGCCAAAAUGAUAGCCUCAAGUUUUGGGCGACUCAAGGAUUAUAAUCAAGAGUAAAUCUAAUAAGUCUCUAAAGAGGAUAUAUCUAGGUCUCUUUUGACUAUGACUGCAGUUAACAUUUUGAUUUUUUCAAAUAUGAUUGUAAAACUGCAUAAUCUUAAAAAGGUUGUUUGGAUAGGAGUUCAUGUUGACCUCUUAGAAUACAUGUAAAUGUCUGAGCAAGCUUUUAGUAUGUUAGCUAAAGAGCAAUCGCACCUGAUUUUCCCUAGAUAUCAUAGUUUUCUUGGAAGUCUAGGAUUACUUCUUACUCAUGGGAACUUAAAUUAAGACUGA